CUGAGGAUGAAGGGGCGGCUUGACAUCCCCAGUGCAAGAUUCUAUGCCGCUGAGCUCGUGUGUGGCAUCCAAUUUCUCCAUUCGAAGGGAAUCAUCCACAGAGACCUCAAGCCCGAGAACAUCCUGGUGGCUGAGACGGGCCAUAUUAAGAUCACGGAUUUCGGUCUCGCACUUGACAACAUGCUUGGAGACCGCACAGCCACCGAAUAUGCUGGGACAAAGGGCUAUGUGGCUCCUGAGAUGCUGGCUAAGGAGGAGUAUGGCGUCGGAGUGGACUGGUAUUCAUUUGGUGUCAUCUUAAAUGAAAUUAUCACCAGUGAGUGCACUUACCAACCUGCACUGUUUGCACGCUCCGGCGCUAAAGACAUCAUUAAAAAGGUCAGUAUGUUCCUACAUGACACUACUGUACUGUAUACAAUGUUACAUGACAACCUGUGA